CUCACAAACAGCAGAACCUCAUCCGUUGUUUCAAAAGCUUUCCGCGCACGCACAAAAAGCAAAAGACUAAACGGCGGUAAACCAAUGUCUUCCGCGAAAAUAACACCGUCGGCUGCGACGCUCACGACAACCAUCAAACACCUUACCUGCACUUUCCAAUCCCCUCGAAUUCGCACCCUUUACACCUACAAUUCUAGCAAUUUGAGGCGUAAUACACUCAGAAGAAGCCUCACUGUGACAAUGUCUUCCUCUUCAGUCUCGGACCCUCUUGAAGUCUGUGUCAAAACUUCCGUCACCAACCCCAACUAUCACGGCGACUGCCCCUUCUCACAAAGGGUUUUGCUCACUCUGGAGGAAAAGCAUCUUCCUUAUGACUUGAAGUUGGUUGAUUUGGCUAACAAGCCAGAAUGGUUCUUAAAUAUAAGUCCAGAAGGUAAAGUUCCUGUUAUAAAGCUUGAUGAAAAGUGGAUCGCAGAUUCAGAUAUUAUCACACAAUCACUGGAAGAAAAAUUCCCCGACCCACCUCUGCGAGCUCCACCUGAGAAGGCUUCAAUAGGGUCAAAGAUCUUCCCAGCGUUUAUUGGUUUCCUUAAAAGCAAAGACCCAAGCGAUGGAACAGAGCAAGCAUUACUCAACGAGCUGACUGCUUUCAAUGACUAUAUUAAAGAAAAUGGUCCGUUUAUCAAUGGGAAAGAGGUGUCUGCUCCAGACUUGUCUCUUGGACCAAAAUUGUAUCACUUAGAGAUUGCUUUGGGACAUUACAAGAAUUGGUCGAUUCCGGAUUCACUUCCCUAUGUGAAGAGCUACAUGAAGACCAUAUUCUCCAUGGAUUCAUUCAUCAAAACACGGGCUCUGACAGAAGAUGUGAUUGAAGGUUGGCGACCAAAAGUCAUGGUCUAAUGUUGUCUACUUAUCUUUUAUAGCAAUUCUGCAGUUUCUACAUUUUUCUUUAAGAGGUAUAUGAAAAUAGUAUUGUCCUAGAAACUUUGUUUGUCUUGGUAUAUAAUGCACCCUCUUGUUGAUUUGGUGUAAUGAAUAUGCCCAAAUAAGAUAGUGAGAUGAUGUCCUGCUUUGUAUAAAUUGAAAGUCCCCGGAUAAAGAAAGGUACAAGGUAUUUAUAUCUGUACUCUAUGGGUCAUACUCACAAUUAAUAUUGUAAACUUGCCAAAUCGUUCGAGGUGGAGUUAUAUUGGCACUAUACAUUGUGUUUUCUGUUAACUUUUCGUUAGGGAUUAUGUUACUGUGGUGUACAAAUUUUCUUAGUGAAGAAACUAAUCUGGG